CUAGCGCGCGGCCCCGCCCCCCUGAUAUAAGAGCGGUGCGGCACUGCAGCUAGCGCACUUCUCACUGAGACCCGUCACGCGGACUCUAAGUGAGACCCACCGCCAGGACUCACCAUGCGUGAAUGCAUCUCAGUCCAUGUGGGGCAGGCAGGUGUCCAGAUGGGCAAUGCCUGCUGGGAGCUCUACUGUCUGGAACAUGGGAUUCAGCCUGACGGGCAGAUGCCCAGUGACAAGACCAUUGGUGGAGGGGAUGACUCCUUUACCACCUUCUUCUGUGAAACCGGCGCUGGAAAGCACGUGCCCCGGGCAGUUUUUGUGGAUUUGGAGCCCACUGUAAUUGAUGAGAUCCGAAAUGGCCCUUAUCGGCAGCUCUUCCACCCAGAGCAGCUCAUCACUGGGAAAGAGGAUGCCGCGAACAACUAUGCCCGUGGUCACUACACCAUUGGCAAGGAGAUCAUUGAUCCAGUCCUGGACCGGAUCCGCAAGCUGUCUGACCAGUGCACAGGACUUCAGGGCUUCCUGGUCUUCCACAGCUUUGGGGGCGGCACCGGCUCUGGCUUCACCUCGCUCUUGAUGGAGCGGCUCUCUGUUGACUACGGCAAGAAAUCCAAGCUGGAGUUCUCCAUCUACCCAGCCCCCCAGGUGUCCACAGCCGUGGUCGAGCCCUACAACUCCAUCCUGACCACCCACACCACCCUGGAGCACUCAGACUGUGCUUUCAUGGUGGACAACGAAGCCAUCUAUGACAUCUGCCGUCGCAACCUGGACAUCGAGCGCCCCACCUACACCAACCUCAACCGCCUCAUCAGCCAGAUCGUCUCUUCCAUCACAGCCUCCCUGCGCUUCGACGGGGCCCUCAACGUGGACCUGACAGAGUUCCAGACCAACCUGGUGCCCUACCCUCGCAUCCACUUCCCCCUGGCCACCUACGCGCCCGUCAUCUCUGCAGAGAAGGCCUACCACGAGCAGCUGUCGGUGGCCGAGAUCACCAAUUCCUGCUUCGAGCCUGCCAACCAGAUGGUGAAGUGUGAUCCCCGCCAUGGCAAGUACAUGGCCUGCUGCCUGCUGUACCGUGGAGACGUGGUGCCCAAGGAUGUCAACGCCGCCAUUGCUGCCAUCAAGACCAAGCGCAGUAUUCAAUUUGUGGACUGGUGUCCCACGGGCUUCAAGGUUGGGAUCAACUACCAGCCGCCCACUGUGGUGCCCGGGGGUGACCUGGCCAAGGUGCAGCGUGCUGUGUGUAUGCUGAGCAACACAACCGCCAUUGCCGAGGCCUGGGCCCGCCUGGACCACAAGUUCGACCUGAUGUAUGCCAAGAGGGCGUUUGUGCAUUGGUAUGUGGGCGAGGGCAUGGAGGAGGGUGAGUUCUCCGAGGCCCGGGAGGAUAUGGCUGCCCUGGAGAAGGAUUACGAGGAAGUAGGCAUCGACUCCUAUGAGGAUGAGGAUGAGGGAGAAGAAUAGAACAGCUGCCUGGAGCACAUUCACUGUGUUUAUUGCAAAAUCCUUGUGAAAUAAACAGUCUCCUUGCACGGUUUCUUGUUCCCUCUGUGAGUGCUUGAGCUUCUGCUGCUGCCCUCACUAUUUGCUGCUUACGACCCUUUCCCUUCCAUGCUGAAGGCGAGACCUGCCAAAGGGUCCUUGCCAGGCCCAGGACACGUGACCCCAGGGACUUUGAUGUAAGAUCCUGGGGGCGCCCAGGAUAGGGAGGAAAUGAGGACCAAAUCCUGGACCUGUCUGUCCACCACAAGCUAUUGAAGGAUAGGAGUCUUCAUUUCCUUUCCAAGCAGUUUAAGUCCAGCAGUUUCUGUAUUUGAGUUCGACUACUACUCUAUUUUUCCUGCUGCUUCUGCAUUCACCCACUCUGGAAGCAAGGCUUGGCCCAGGCACCUCUGUGCGUUAUGAGGGCUGAGGUGGCCCACAGUUCCUGGGCAUGGAGCCUAGUCAUAAGCUUGGGGGAUGGGAGGGAACAAGGGCCAUGUCCUCGAGUUGUUUGUGUUACUGCACCUCCCAGCAGCUUUGCAUAGCUUACUGUCUGUUUUGCUGCUCUGCAGGGGCCUAGGGAUGUGCCAUUAAAAGUCAGGUCGAUUCCC